CUUUAAGCUGCAAGACAGUCUGUGGUUUUGGCUCUUGUGACGUCAGGAGGUAUCCUGAUGUUUUUAUCAAGAUUUUGAAGCGUGUUUUUAAUGCUGCAAUAAUGGCGGUCGAAGCACAAGGUUUUAUGAAAACAUGGAAUAAGUAUAGCUAAGUAUAUGGCACAGAUUUUUCAAUCAAAUGACAGUUUAAGAGAUGGCAAUGCUCAAACACCCAAUCGUGAAGGAUUCUGCUCUUAUUUAAACAAGAAUGAGCUUUACCCAAAGCAUAUGGCACUAACAAACUCAAGACAACAUAACCCUGGUGGAUCAAUAUUAAAAUUAAGGAGCAUAUUGGGAAAUGAAAAACUGACAAUCAAUCCACAAUUUAAUGCUCUACAAUCAAACAGAACAUCUGAAAUGCUGGUUUCGAAGCAAAGCACCUUUUUCAGUAGUCGUCAUUUAACAACGGAAUUUCAAUCAAAGUGUAGCGAAGUUGAAAGAGAAUGCAGUAAACUAUCUGUACAGGAACUAACUUGCAUAUACCCUCGUCUGUUAAAUGAUAUAUUUGGUUUUUCUGGUGGUAAAGGUUGGGGGUUAAACCUAUAUGAUGCAAAAUAUCAUCAACGCGAAUUUGAUGCAGCUUAUAAUUUUCUCUCUUUUGAUGGAAUUUUAUUUCAAAUCAUUGGAAAAAUAAUGAUGCAACAAGAAGCAUAUUUUCAGUUCCCAUGCACACUUUUGCCAGUUGGCAUAGCAGAGUUUAUAAACAAGAAAGGGCAAAUGUCUGCUUGGUUUGAGAAAAAGAUAAUUGUGUUACCUGACAAUAAGGCUGUUAUUAAUUUUGAUGCUAUGGAAUAUUUUCUGGCACUCUUUGCCUGCUACGUAAUGAAUCCAGAGAAAGUUCAGGACAAUAACCACUGGAGUAAUAUUGAUGAUAUUCUAUAUGUCAGAAUACUGGAAGAUUAUUUGAAGUCUUUUUUCCCAAUUCCUGAGGAAAAAAAUUCACGCACAAAGUCGGUACCAUCCACCAGCAUGAUGACUGCAGAUUUAUGGAAGUCUCACCACGCACAUGAAAGUUCUGCUUCAAAUCACCAGUUUAAUUUGAUACAAAGCGAAAGUUUUUUGCAGAUUUUGUGUGAUUUUUGGCUGACUUUGAAUACAGAAGAAUUUACCCAACUUGACCAGGAGUAUAAACUACCCUCUCUGAAUCACUCACACGUGGUGAGAAUUCUUGUCAAGUAUUUGCAUUCGUUUGUCAACAGCACUUUCGAUCAACAGCAAAUUCAAUCAUUAGUCAGUGUGAAUUAUUCAUAUGCUCAUGUGGAAGAACUAAAAAGUAUUGUUUUGCCUGCUGCCCUGAACACAAAGUUAUACAUGUAUUUGGCAUAUUGUUUUGGACACUGGCAAUUGGAUGCGUCAUUUAGAAUGGUGCUUGAAACUUGGUUGAGUUUUAUCCAACCUUGGCGAUAUACGACAGUGGGAGAAACGUCCUCUGACACCAGCCUGUUACCAUGGAAGGGGUUUAUUAAAGAAAACAUCGCCUUCUACUCUUCAUUAUUUUACAGCUUUUUGAGUCGAGCAUUAAGAUCAGAUUUUUAUUCUUGUGGUGAUGUGUACCUCAUGUACCGUGUUUUUAAGGUUUUUUCUCAGUCAGCACUGCCACAAUUGUUAGAAGAAAUUGAUGCAUCAAUAGCGCAAACCUCUUUUCUUCAACAGAAUUCGGCUAAAGUUGGACUAAUCUCCAAUUGGAUGCGACCACAAAACAACACAAGUUUUUAUUUGCAAUCAACUAAAAAUAAGGCACAACAACUAUUCGAGCUGAUUGCAAGAACUGUUGACGAUCUAAGAAAUAAACUUUCAAGCCUAAAAAAUAACAACGCACAGUACCCAACCAUAUUUGAGAAGAUUAAGAAUCUACUUUCGGAAACAGAUAAUAUUCAAUCUUUCCAUAUAAACCAACAACAAGAACUUCUCAGAUAUUUGGAACAAUCCGGAGAGUUGUUAAGUUUUAUUUUCCAGCUUCGGGGGCCAACAGAUGUUUCUUCUACUUAUCCUUUUGACGAAAGGAAAAAAUGUGAGUGGAGCAAAGAUAAUACAUCGAGCCUUGGGGCAGAAUAUGCUGUCACAAGUAGUGGUGUACAACUCACUGAUAAAGGAAGAAUACAGAUUUUGCAAGGUUUGCAGAAGUUCGAUCUGUUAUAUAGUGGUGAUCCAGAGUUGCAACCACUUCGUAGUUACGAGUCUGAAACAGCUGUACGGUAUCUGUUUCAAGCAGCUAUAAAGAUUAACGAAAAGUUUGCCAAAUCGUUGGAGCGCUUAUUUAAUCGUCAAGAUACACUUGGACGUACGUUACGCAAGUUUUCGAAAGUAACACAGAUUAAUCAUUACACAAAUAUGUCGAUAAGUUUACCGAAACAAAGUCACACUCCCGUAAAACCACGCGUUUCUCUUCGUUUUGCUGGUUCAUAUUAUUUUAUGGUUUACUCAGGUUUGUUUCUGCUGUUCUCAGUCCUUUUUGGUGUCGGAUCCAUUUUUAGUUUACUUUUACUCUUUUUAAUUAUGGUUACAUGUGUUAUUCGUCACGUUGAUGUGCCACCUGUCAAGUUUAAAUCCAUUUAACAUUGAGAAACUUAUUUGCGGACUUCAACACAAUUCAUUUCCUCCAAAAGAACAAGAUUAUUAUUUAUUUAAUGUUCGCGCAUCAUUCCAGAGUCCCCCCUGUUAGAACUGCUUUUAUCAAUGCGAAGACCCCAAACAAUGUCGUCAACGUCUAAAGCUACCGCAAAAAAUGUUCGAACGGACAGAUCUGUUUCAAGAAAUGAUCAACCUCGAAUGAACACCAAUCAAACAAAACAAUAAUUUGAACUCUCGAUGCAGAUAGUGAACAAGCAACAAGUAGGCAAUUCUGUGAAGCAUGUUGCCUGUUUGUUUUCAUAUCAUUGAACAGCUUAUUUUGGUUUUUGGCGAACGCACCAUACUGCGUUUACCCUUAAUGAAAAUUUUAUGUGAAAUCAUGAAUCAAGCUGUUGCAAAUUUAAACGCAUUCAACAUGAUAGAAAUAAAAAUAAAAACUUCGUUUA